CAAACCAUGCAGCUCUUACAGGGAGAUGCUCAAACUUUUAGCCCUUUGCCACAAACCCUAAUUGGGCCACCAACUGAUUAAGAGAAAUAUCAAUAUAUAUAUCAUCCAUUUGUCGAUCUGUUGUGUUCUCUUUACUAUUUUCAUGAUCUUUUUUUGUUGCAAUCCAGGUCUAGAUCAGCUAGAGCCCUUUCUUUUAUUCUCCCUUUCUAUCUGCAGUCGCUUUUGCAGAUAAUACCCAAAUUUCAUCUAGCCAAGUUCAUCACUCAUUUAAUUUGCCCCACUGAUUUUUGAGAAAGGAGGAUGGGACAUCACUCAUGUUGCAACAAGCAAAAGGUGAAGAAGGGGCUAUGGUCACCAGAAGAGGAUGAUAAACUCAUCCAGUACAUUUCAGCCAAUGGCCAUGGUAAUUGGAGCUCAGUUCCUAGACUUGCCGGCCUGCAGAGAUGUGGAAAGAGCUGCAGGCUAAGAUGGAUAAAUUAUCUCAGGCCAGAUUUAAAACGCGGGAGCUUCUCUUCCCAAGAAGAAGCCCUCGUCAUUGAACUCCAUAGAAUUCUUGGUAACAGGUGGUCUCGGAUAGCCAAGCACCUACCUGGAAGAACAGAUAAUGAGGUGAAGAAUUUAUGGAAUACAAGCAUAAAGAAGAAGCUCCUGUCCGGUACUGAUGGCGCCGUGCCUGCUUUACGAUCCUUUCCUGUUAUUGAUCAGUACUAUCCUAGUACUGGCCGUUCAGAUGAAGCUGCUUUCUUACCUCCAAAAGAUCCGAACCCUACCUUGAUCCUAAAAUCUCAACAAGAUCAGCUACAGUACUUUACCCCUCCUAUCACGAUGCUACAAGGUUUAGAUCAUCAUGGUGAACAGAGCAAGAACUUUCGUCCCAGUACUUGGGUUCACUUUCCAACUCUAAUCCCACACUCAUUAGAUUCAUGCAGUAGUAUAACUUGGUCGUUAGGGUAUGAUCAUGCUCAACCUCAUGAUUCAGUACUUGAUCCCAAUCAAGAAGAAGAUCAUCAGAAUUUUAGCCUGAGAUCAGCACCAGCUCCGCAGGAUGAUAGAAUUGGCCUAAUUAUCAAUCCAAGUAUCACAGAACCGCCAAAUAAUAAUGCUGCAAUAUUGGCACCCGAAAUGCCGGAACUCUAUGAAAUCAUCAAUUGUGGUAUUAGAGUUGGUAGCAAGAGCGCACCUCCUUAAUUCACCAGAAAUUAAUUACUAGUACUGCGCCCACCUGCUAGACACUAAUGUCGAUGAAGCUUCUACUUGGGUUUUGUCCACGUGAUUCAUCCACAAGCUAGAUCCAGCCAUUCAAACGGAGUACAUAAAUUAUUACAACGUCGUGCCAUCGUAUAGUCAUGCUCUUCAUCAUUGCCACCACUGGCUAACUAGCUGCAUAUGGAACUGCCUGCAGUACUUUGUCUCUAAGCGAAAUCUGUCUUCAAUCUGGGAACUCUGGACAUGGUAUGGCCGUAGUUUGAAUCUUUGAUUGCACUAGUAUAGGAACACUAGUCAUGUACUGCAGUACUGUCUCUAGCUAGCUAGUUCAAGCUAUAUAUUUAGCCUAUACAAAUUAAAUAAUAAUGUGUGGGUUAAUUUCUUUACAUGUCUGUAAACCUAAAAGCUCGAUAUUUAAUAAGAAAUACUCUGAUCAUCAUAUGAUUAAUCUGAUCCGUAUAUAUA